AAAUAUCUCAGUCCUUCUGAAUCUGAUCCGUCCCUUGAGCGAGAUCACAACGUGGAUCCCAUCGUAUGCAUGUUUCAUGGCAUCCCUCUCAGGUUCAUUUAUGACAAACCUCCAAAGGAGACCUUGACAGCAGGCUGCAUCUACGUGGGCCAUAGGUUUCGAGCCCAACUCAACAACGCACGGUAGGUGUUCGACGAAAUGUCUUAUAUCAAAACAUUGAAUCCCAUGAACGAUCAGAAUCGUAUAAGCUAGAAUACAGCUUCUGGAAGAAAGCGAGAGGAUGUGGAGGCGAGUGGCUUCUGUUUCGCAUUUGACGUUUGCCCAGAAGUCCAUUGUCAAUAAGGAUGUGUGUAAGCUCAAGUUUUGGGAAGCAUUUAGCACUGGAAUACCCAGAAAGGAAAAAGGUACCUUUCAAAGAGAUAAAACACCAUUCAUAACUUUUGUAUUAGGUGGUCCUGGAAGUGGUAAAGGUACACAAUGUAUGAAGAUAGUUGAGAACUUUGGAUUUACACAUUUGAGUGCUGGAGAUAUAUUAAGGAGGGAAAUAGCUUCUAAUAGUGCUGAUGGUACCAUGAUUCUUGACACAAUUAAGGAAGGAAAAAUAGUUCCUUCAGAAUUGACAGUCAAACUUAUUCAAAAGGAAAUGGAAUCAAGUGACAAUUAUAAAUUUCUCAUUGAUGGGUUCCCACGGAGUGAGGAUAACCGGAUUGCAUUUGAACAAAUUAUCGGAGCAGAACCUGAUAUUGUACUCUUCUUUGACUGUCCAGAAGACGAAAUGAUGAAGCGGGUGCUCAAUCGUAAUCAGGGAAGAGUUGAUGACAACAUUGACACAAUCAAGAAAAGGCUAAAAGUUUUUUCGGCAUUGAAUCUCCCUGUAGUCAAAUAUUAUCUGGAGAGGGGAAAGCUAUACAAGAUAAAUGCAGUUGGAACGGUGGAUGAAAUAUACAAACAAGUUUAUCCACUUUUUGCACAAUUUAAUUUUGAGCAGCAGGUAUGAGCAAGGAAGUGUUGGGCAAUCUUCUCAUGGAUAACAAACAUGGAGCACGGAAAGACCCUGGUUUGUGCUUCGUGGUCGACCGCUCGGAGCGACUCUUCAUUCGAGUAGAAGAGCAUUGUGAGUUAAUUACCCUGAUUACAGUUUUUUCAAGAGUGUAAUAUAAGUGAACGGCAAGUACAGCCUAGGGAAUUUCUUAUAGGUCCAGAGAAACAAAAACCUGUUGGCUACAUAUUAUGUUCCCCAACCUAAACACGCAGAACUUAUAAAUAUGUUUAGGAAUAUGCACAUCUAUGGUUGAUAUUGAUGUUCACGUUCCAAAAUUGAUAAAAAUGUUGAUAUGAAAAUGAAUGGUAUUGCUGGCAAA